UCUCCCCUCCCUCUGGCUCACCUUCUCAGCGAGCGGCCCCAGCUCACAAACCACAGCACCCUGCCCGGGGAGUAGUUUGGGUCCGUGUGAGUCAGUGGGUCCCGCCGUGAAGCAUGGAGGAGUUAGCCAGAGAGAGCAUCAGCCUGCUGGCUUCAGCCUCAGCCAAGCCCCCGCUAGACGUGGCCGCCGGGCCACGGCUCGGCUCCAUGGGGGCUAUUUUCAUCAUGCUGAAAUCUGCUCUGGGCGCCGGGCUCCUCAAUUUCCCCUGGGCCUUCGAGAGAGCCGGGGGCAUCCGCAGCGCAGUCACCGUGGAGCUGGUCUCCCUCGUGUUCCUCGUCAGCGGUCUGAUCAUCCUGGGCUACUCCUCAUCCAUCAGUGGCCAGUGCACCUACCAGGCGGUGGUGAAGGAGGUGUGCGGGCCGGCCAUCGGUCAGCUGUGUGAGAUCUGCUUUGUCUUCAACCUUUUCAUGAUCUCUGUGGCCUUUCUGGUCAUAGUGGAUGACCAGCUGGAGAAGUUGUGCGGCUCCCUGUAUGAGCUGGUAACAGGUUUGCCGGAGUCAGAGAUGCCGUACCACUUCUACACAGACCAGCGAUUUGCCCUGGUGCUGCUCUGCAUUCUCCUCAUCCUGCCACUGUCCAUCCCCAAAGAAAUCAGCAUUCAGAAAUACAUUAGUGUUCUGGGUACUCUGGCUGCGACCUACCUGACUAUAGCUAUCAUCAUCAAAUACCACAUCAUGCCUUCUGUUCUGGUUCACAUCACACCUCUCUACAGCAGUGGGAUCAGCUCUUGGGCCUCUAUGUUCAGUGUCAUCCCGACCAUCUGCUUUGGUUUCCAAUGCCAUGAGGCAUCCAUCGCCAUCUACAGCAGCAUGCAGAACCAGCGACUCUCUCACUGGGUCUUCAUCUCUGUGGUCUCCAUGAUCUUCUGUCUCGUCAUUUACUCACUCACAGGGGUUUAUGGGUACCUGACAUUUGGAAAGGAUGUAAGGGCCGACAUUUUGAUGUCGUACACUGGCGAUGACAUUCUGAUGCUCAUCGCCAGGCUGCUGUUUGGAGUCUCCAUCAUCACCAUCUAUCCCAUCAUUCUGCUGCUGGGCAGGUCAGCGACACGGCAUUACUGA